UCCCAGGUAACAAGAAGCCAGACGAAGGAGCUGUCAGCCACUUACCAGACACUCGACUGGACGUCUUCAGAGCAGCGCUGUGAAAAGACUUGUCUUCUGCUAGAACUUAAACGCACAAAGACGAUCAUGAACCCCUGGAUUCUCCUGCUCAUCAUACUCGCCUAUGAGGUUAUGACAAUUCUGCCUGUCCUGGGAGGCUUAAAGUCCAGAUUUUCCUCUGAAAUAAAAGAAAUCGAGCAGUGCUGGGUGCAGCCUCCAUCAGAGUAUUGUGGGAAAAGGUGCGCUAAAGCACAGACCUGUUCGUAUCCAAAUCAUACAUGCUGCUGGACCUUCUGUGGAAACAUCUGCUUGGAUAAUGAAGAGCCCUUUAAAUCAAUGCUAAACUAGUGGCCCACCACUAGAGUGGACUGGAGGAUUAAUUGUGAUCUAAGAAGAGUGUUGCCCUGGUUCUCUGUUGGGACAUCCAUUUGCUUCAGCCGAGGACCUCUCUGCAUUCUCCUUGACCUCUACCCUAAGAAGGCUCAAGCUUUUGCCAAAUAAACAAAUGCAUCA